GGAGAGUGGGAGUUCCUGCAGCUUUCCAUCAGCUCCUCCAAUCUCACCUUCGAAAACGGGAGCUUGGAAAUGCUGAUGUACACGGUCAGCAUGAAGAGGAGACCCCUCCUCCACAUCAUAAAUUUUCUGCUGCCCGUCCUGUUCUUCCUGAUUCUGGAUCUCGCCUCUUUCUUCAUCGCUGACCAUCGAGGAGAGAAGCUGAGCUUCAAAGUCACGGUGCUGCUGGCCAUCUCUGUCCUGCUGCUCAUCCUGAACGAAAUCCUGCCCGCCAUGUCCAACAGGACUCCUCUCAUAGCRACCUACUGCAUUGUCAUUUUUGCUCUGAUGCUGCUCAGCUUGUUGGAGACGAUUCUGGUGACUUAUYUGAUGGAAACAAACGCCAAAGCUGAUUUUAACCUGCAGGAGAGAAACGAGGACGAAAACAAACAUUUCCCAACAGAAAACUGCAACACAGAUGAAAACCAAAGUGGCUGCUCCUKUAUCUGCAGCAUGUCUGACAAGCACCACGAGCUCCUGCCUGUUGAAGAGGUGAACAGCAUCCUGCAGCCAGGAGAAGCUCCUGCUCUGCUGCUGAUCCUCGACGAGUUGAAGAAGUUGCAGAAAACGGUUUAUCUGCAUCUCGGCUGCAGAAAGGAGAGCAUGAAAUCCGUGUGCUGGGCGAAGAGGAUCAACAGAGCUUUCUUCCUUUUCUACAUCGUCACUGUUUUGCUCUUUUUAUCCUUCAUCUUUAUAGAGUGGAACAGUUAGAAAUGUAACGUCAAUUACUCUGUUUUGGAAAAUAGAUCAAGAUUCAGUGUAUUGAUGCAAGAGGUGUGGUGUGCUUUAAACAAACUCUGAUUUUGUUUUGUGUUCUAGCAUAUAAAAAAUUACCGAACAUUUCAGAGCUGAAAGCAAAGGUAGAAAAAUCUGGGCUUGUAAAUGUGUCGCUGUUUAUGAUURGUGUAUAAAAUGUGAACAGUCAGGGGAAUACUUUUGGUUGAAAAUUAUAGAAAUUGUUUGUGUAAGUUGGUGCACCUUAACGGUAAUAUGCUUUAAAGAUAUGUUUGCUUUUCAGUUUUACUGUAAAUGCUUUGAGUUUAGAAAAUUUUCACCAUAAAAUUAAAUAAGUCUGAUGCUUAAAGGAAAGGAAAAUACUUUUGUUGAUGAAAUGUGUGUUUACAUGGACAUAAGUAAUCUGAAUAAACCACCAAUCAGAAUAAAAAUGCAUCAUGUAAAUGCCCCMAUCUGAGUAGUCUGAUCUGAUUCAACUUGAUCAGAAUGAAUUUAUAAUCUGAAUGGGAGGGGUGGUCUGAACUGCAUGCAUAUAAACAUUUAUUCUGAUCAUGUUAAUCUGACAUAAUUCCACCCGGCUAGAUGGUAAUAUGUCAGGGAAGCAAAAUUGGUUGUUUAGCGAUACAACAUUUCAAUCAGAAACUUUGAAAGAACUCAAAAUGAUCGAACACAGUUGAUAGUAAAUGUGAGAGAGUUUGAUAGUAAAUG